AUGACUCGCACGGGCCAGUGCGUCGCUGUUUCCUUUUCGUCCUUCCUGCCCCUGUGUGCGCUGGUGGUCCCCCACUUUGCACUGGGUUCGCGCUUGUCGCCAGGCAGGACGGUCAGCGAGUCUCAAAAAAUAGCGUCAGGCGAACCAGACGGGGUGAGCGACGGACAAAUGAGACUCCGCGUCUCACAUUUCGCUCUCGCAGCUGCGGCUUUUCACCAUCCCGCCGCUGUAUCCGUGGCGGCGGCUAAAGACCCAGUACUGCGAGUGACGCAGAACUGCACGUUCGUCCUGCGACUCACAUGCCACCCCUCUGCCCUUGCUGCCCUCCUCCUCUUGGUGUCGUGGGGGUGUCCAAUAUACGCGCAGCUCCCGCGACCCUUUAGUUGCGAAUCCCGCGCGUCAGCUCUCCUCGUGGAGCAACAGCCAGACUCAUCGACGGAAUCGAGCAGCCCUCGUCGUGAAGGAGUGGCAAGCCGAAGACUGUCCGUUUCGACUCCUCCCCCCUCUGUUUCACCUCCUCCCCAGUCUCCUUCACCUCCCUCUUCACCUACUCCCCCUCCUCGCUCUUCUCCUACUCCCCCUCCUCACGGUUCUCCAAGUCCCCCGUCCUCUCCCGCUGUCAGUCCGCGGGCUUCCCCUCCCUCUGAGCUUCCGGGUGUUCCUCUUGCCUCACCUCCUCGGAAGCGGCAGCGAAAGAGUUCGAGGGGAGAUGCAGGAGCGUCUUCAGCGCCGGGGUCUCCAACGGGCUCGACGUACAGUGCGGUCUCCAUGGAACUGGACCCUGGGUCGCCAGCUGGCUCAGUUGGGUCCAGUCCUUCGUCCGCGCAACUGGAAGGUUCACCGGGAGAGGCUGCACGGACGUCUGGUUUUCCUCAGCGACUGGCACUCCAGAGAUUCGGCGCCUCGGGAUCGCCAUGGAAACCGGCUUACGGACCGUCUUGGACGGUUCAAAAGCCGGUGCCGCGGGCAAGGACUCUGCUAAAGGAUCCUGAACCUGGAGGAUCGCCUAGAGACUUGCUGUUGCGCGGCCCACAGAUGUCAGGGGCUCGAGGACGUGCGUCUUCUCAACCAACUGCAUCGCCUGUCCAGCAGUGGUGGACAUCGCCCCGAGGUCCACGCCGUGCGUUGGAGUUCAGCUCAGCUGCUCUGCCGCAAGAAACAGAACCGGCAGGACACCCCGGAGUGCCGACCCCGACAGCGGAAGAGGACCCUGGACUCGCCACCUCGACAAGUUCUGCAGGAGCAGUCGGAGGAGCCUCUGCAGGUCCCUCGGGCAUGCAAGCUGCACGAGGCGAACAGGGAACAGGAGGGAUUUUCGCGGAUGACGAGAGACCGUCGACAAGCACUGGGGGGCCGACGGGAAGAGGGCGCGCCCUUAGUUAUGCAUUCGUAUCUUCUGAGAGACCACGUUGGACGCGGCAAGCGACGCCGGGGGAGCCCACGCAGCUGAGAAUGCUGGCCCAGCUCCGGCAAGAGCGUGGACAGACACAGACUCCUCCGUGGUGGGAAGGAGUUGUUCCAUGGCAUGUGUGGUUUUUUGCGUGGUCGAAUGAACCGACGCAGCAACACCUUGACAACUGCAAGCCAGGAAGGGCCUGCUGGUUCUGCGUGUACCAUGAAGGUGGCAGGUACACAACGAAGUGGAUGACGAAGGAAGCAGUUCAGUUUUAUUUCAAUGUUCAAGCUCUCAGGCGGAGAGACGUGAAUGCCGCCAUUACGAAGUCUCUUCGCAGGAUGAAGCGGGAAAUGAGAGCAGUCAAGCAGGGGCGUAGGUACCCCCCAUUUCGGCCGUGGAGGGAGCCGCGCGACCGGAGCCAGCCUCUUCCACUUCACAAAAUCAGUGCGCGUUACGUUCGAUGGCUACUGAGAAAAGGGCAGGACUUCGAAGAACCGCGGCGAGUCGUCGACCGACUGCUUUCGUGGGAGUCCAGCGAUUCCUCAGACGACGACUUCAAGCCGCCGCACAAUCCUGAAUGGUCCCGAUGGAGAAAAAAAAAGAAGCCCGAGUGA